CUACCCACCAAAAAAAAAAAAAAACUCUUAUCAAUUUUUGUUUUCUGUACUAGUUGCAAUAGUGUGCAAAAUUUUUGUGAGGACAAGACAAAACCUGGGUCUUUUCUCGGUUUGCCAGCCUUUUCAAGCUUCUCCGGUGACCAUCAUUCCAAUGCUGCGGUUAUCGAACAAAAGGGUGGGAAAAUAAAAGUAUUUUUUCUUGAAAAGGAUACUUCAUUGUAUGGUGGAAAUGGCGCAAGGUCUGUCAUUAAGCACUCUUACAACCUCUUGUAGUAGUGGGGUUUAUGGAUCAACCCCUUCAUGGAGAAAGCAUUUCAAACUAAUGAAGAGAGGUCAAAUAACAUCUGCUACUGAUAGACAUCACAGCUGGCAUCAGUGCAUGCGACGUUUGUUCUUAACAAGUAAUCCCAAUAUAUUAAGACAAAGGAAUUUUAGGGUUGAAGCUGGAUGGCUGUUUAAAGGAGGUGGCCAAGGAUUGGAAGCAAGCUGUGAGCGUAGUGAGAGUGCUAAUGAGGAUAUAUUGAUCUUCUUUUUCCAGCUGGACUUGGCAACUCGAGUACAGUACGCUCUAAAUUUGGAGCAGUAUGAAAUUGCACAACAACUGAGAAACAAGAUGACUGAGGUCGAAGCAGAGGUCAUGAGGCAGCAAGAAGCAAAAAGGGGCUCAUCUUCAAAGAGUGAAGCUCAAGAUAAGGCUAUAAGUAUCAUUCGCUUACGUGCAGACUUGCAGAGUGCAAUUGAGAGCGAGGAUUAUGCUUUGGCAGCUAACUUACGGGAUGAAAUUUCAAAACUUGAGGCAGAGUCCUUGGCAGCAUCAGCAAAGGCUCUGGCAUAUGAAAAUGCUCAAUAUUCAUUUCGUUUGGGGCAGAAAGUGAGGCAUAAAAUUUUUGGCUAUUGUGCUGUAAUUUGUGGAAUGGAUCCUGUAUGCUGUGAAUCGAGUUCAUGGAGGGAGAUUGCCCAAGUUGAUAAGUUGUCACAGGGUUCCAGUCAGCCAUUUUACCAGGUUUUGGUUGAUGUGCAUGCAGACCCCAAUCUACUGGUGGCUUAUGUUCCUGAGGAGAAUCUAUUAGCCCUAGAGAAAGCAGAUACGGGCAGGUUUGAUCAUCCCUAUAUUUCCUUUUUAUUCUAUGGGAUGGACUCAGCUGGGGAUUUCAUCCCAAUCAAGCAACUGCGUGAGAAAUACAACAGGCCUCGAUAUGAAGUACCCAUUGAUCCAGAAGAUGAGGAGCCUCAUGGUGAUUCUUAAGAGGCUAAUGUCCAUUGAAUGUUGAUUGAAUGAUCAUGGACGCUUUUAGGAGUAGGGUGCCACAAAGAUCAUGGACGCUUUUAGGCGUAGGAUUACCUUGUGGCACAUAGCAGUUUAUGUCUCAGUUUUCUAUGUGAAGGUUUAUUCGGCUAUUAGAAUCUCUUCUGUCAUGAUCUUUGUAAACCAAUUACUUGUAGAAUUCAUGAUUUCAAAGGUCUGUCCUAGGAGGCAAUGUACAGCAUAUAUACAUCCUGGUUCACAGGUUAACUUGUAGAACUUUUUUGACUUCAAAAGGCCUCUGCCCUAGGAGGCACUGUUUAGUUAUGUUUUUAGGGGGAAAUUUGUGCUA